CACAUCAACACAUUGUUUCUUUAAUUUUUUCCCCUAUAAACUCUCCCUUCCUUCACAAUUUACUUUUUUAAUUUGCUUCCUCUCUUUUUGCAAAAAAAUAAAACAAAAGUUUUUCUUAAAAAAAGGCAAGAAAAUGAGCAGUAACAUGGAGUGUCGAUCAUUGCUUCAUGGAUUUGAUAAGGGAGGACUUUUUGAUUUGGGACAUCCUCUUCUUAAUCGUAUUUCUGAAAGUUUUGUCAAAGCUGCUGGGAUUGGUGCUGUUCAAGCUGUUGCUCGUGAGGCUUAUUUUACUGCUUCUGAAAGUACGGGUGGAGAUACAAGUAGCAUACCACCAGAGAUCACUGGUCCCAAGAAGAAUCGAUUUCCAGACCUUAGAGGUGAGACCAACAGAAAGUCAGUUGAGGCCCUGGUAAAGAGCACCGGAAAAGAAUCUGUUCAAUGGGGACUAGCUGCGGGGAUGUACUCUGGACUUACAUAUGGAUUAAAAGAGGCACGUGGCGUCCACGAUUGGAAAAAUAGCGCGUUGGCGGGAGCAAUAACUGGUGCAGCAUUGGCUUUAACACUAGAAGAACGUUCUCAUGAACAGGUGGUGCAGUGUGCCAUCACAGGAGCAGCUAUCUCGACUGCUGCGAAUCUGCUUACAGGAAUAUUUUAGGCCGAAUAGGGUUUUGUUCAGUUACUAUUGUGUUUGUGUGGCACUGCACUAGACAAUUUAGCUAUCAUGUAUGUGGAUAGUGCUAUUUUUGAAUUUUGUGGCAUUUUUUGUGCCUCUACUACUUAUGUGGAUUUUGACAUUUCAAGGCAAAAUAAUAGUAUAAGUGUUAUCCCAUUUGAGGAAAAUUUCUUGAAAGGUUGACUUUUUAUGAAGUUUCCAGACGAGAUGAAUGCACACGACAUGGAAUUAUUCGAUGCA